AUGCCUCUCCCUAAGCGACAGACGAUACCAGUAAAGGGCACAAAGGCCAGCGCGCCCAAGGACGACUCGCGAUUCGCAAAUUUCGAAACCGACCCCAAGUUCAGACUCCCAUCGAAGAAGCAUACCAAGACCAAGCUUGACCCACGAUUUUCGCGAUUAAGAAGCGACCCAGACUUCUACAAUAAGGCCACGGUCGACAAGUAUGGCCGCAAGGUGUCUAAGGAAGCUGGCAAAAAGGCCAUUGACCGGUUAUACGACGCCGAUAGCGACGACAAAGACGACGAUGACGAAGACGAAGCCGACGACGAGCCCAAGCUAGCACGCCCGGCUGACAAGAAGCGAGACAAGGCGGUCAAGAAGGAAAUGCAGAGGGUGGAGCAACAAGGCUUCGACCCUAUCCGAGACGGUGGACUGGAGUCUUCAUCGGACGAGAGCUCGAGCGACGAAGAGGAUGAAGCUGAGCUAGAGGAGCAGACCGAGCUUGCCGGUGACGACAACGAAGUCCCGACGGGAGACAUCUCGGCACGUCUGGCUGCCGUGAACAUGGACUGGGACAACAUACGGGCCACCGACAUCAUGGCCGUAGCAAACUCCUUCGUCCCAGCUGAUGGACGCAUUCUCAACGUCGUCAUAUACCCUAGCGAGUUCGGUAUGGAGCGGCUACAACGGGAAGAGAUUGAAGGACCUCCUCGCGAGAUCUUUGCUUCAACGUCCAACAAAGACAAGAACAACAUUAGCGCGCUCGACGACGACUCUGACGCUUCUGAGGUGGACGACGAGGAACAAAACAGGGAAGACUUACAAGGAGAUGAGACAGGCGAAGAGUUCGACUCCACCAAGUUGCGAGCCUACCAGCUUGACCGGUUACGCUACUACUAUGCCGUCAUCACAUGCUCUUCCGCGAGCGUCGCAAAGUCCAUUUACGACAACCUCGAUGGCCGCGAGUACCUGACGAGCGCCAACUUCUUUGACCUGCGAUUCGUUCCCGACGGCACAACCUUCGACCAAGAUCCCCACGACGAAUGCGCAAAGCUGCCGGACGGUUACAAACCUAAUGAGUUCUCUACGGAUGCGCUCACACACUCAAAGGUCAAGCUGACCUGGGACGCCGAUGACGCGACACGGAAAGAGGUACAAAAGCGUGCUUUCUCACGCAAGGAGAUCGACGAGAACGAGCUGCAAGCAUACUUGGGCACUGACCAGUCGUCGUCCGAGGAUGAGGAAGAAGCAACAAAGAUGGACAAGGCCGCAAGUCUCAGAGCGGCUCUUGGUUUGGAAGCACCAGGCAAAUCUUCGAAAACGAAGAAGAAGGCGUCUGCGAAACGGGAUCGCGACUUUCCGAAGCCGGAUAGUGAGAUGCAGAUCACUUUCACGGGAGGCCUUUCCAGCGGAGCUGGCAACGGAGACGUGUUCGAGAACGACAUCCCACUACAAGAGACUACGAUGGAGAGGUACAUUCGAAAGGAGAAAGAAAGGAAGGCGAAACGUAAAGAGAGGUGGGAAGCCAAGAAGGCUGGACGCGAUCCUGACGCACCCGUCGAGCAGGAAGUCGAUGCACCAGCGGCUGCGGACGAUGACGAUCCAUUCAACGAUCCUUUCUUUGCUUCUGAUCCUGAAGAAGCUGCGAAAGCCUCCAAGCCCAAGUCGAAGAAGUCUGAGAAGGCUAAGAAGAAGGCGGAGCAAGAGGAAAAGGACCAGGCUGCAGCAGUUGAGCGAGCGAACUUGGAACUACUCAUGGCGGAUGAAGAUGAUUCGAAGCUGCGUCACUUCGAUAUGAAUGAAAUUGUCAAGUCAGAGAAGGCUAAGAAGAAGGGCAAGAAGGCGAAGAAGAACGCUCCCGUCAUAGAGGACAACUUCCAGAUCGAUACCACCGAUCCCCGGUUCGCCAAGCUAUACGAAAGCCAUGAGUUUGCCAUCGAUCCCACAAACCCAAGAUUCAAGGAGACUUCUGCUAUGAAGGCGCUGCUAGAAGAGGGCCGCAAGAAGCGAAAGCAAGGGAAAGACGAAGACGAGCCAGGUCAUCAACGAGAGACGAAGAAACCUAAGCAAGAUGCCGCAGACGGCGAGGACGAUAUUAAGAAGCUGGCUGCCCGUGUGAAGGCGAAGAGCAAACAAAAUAUCGCGACCUGGAAUGGAGAUUGUGCCAAUGGAGCAGAGCCAGACAUUGCUGGUGUCGGUGUUGUCUUGUCUUUUGUUGUUGCGAGCUUCAUGACCACAUUCGCCUCCAUCCUCGCUAUGCUUCUCGAUCAGGCUUUCGAUACGAAAGGUCACUUCACACCUCGAGCGCCGCUCGCAUACAUCCGGGAGCACUUCUUGGAGAACGAGUGGAAGAAGCACUAUGCGUGGCGCCCGUUCCUAGACCCCCUUAUCAUUGGAUUCGGUGAUCAACAACUCAUCACGGGUUACGCUGUGCUUCUGAGCGGAUGGAUUAAAGUAGCUCAAGGCUCUUUCCGAGUGCAAGGUUCCCACUUCGUUCUUAUCCUCUACGUGUGUGCGCUGUCCUCCUCCUCUCACCUCGCGGCUCUGAUAACGCUCCGCAAAUACUUCCGCAAAUACAAGCUCAUUGCGAAAAUCCGCCUCACACUCGUCGUGUUGUUCGCUGUUUUCCUACUCACCUCCAUGAUCGCCGCGAUUGCCAUGCCACCGAUCUUCGUCGAAGGCGACGAUGGCACAUCUAUGGUACGAAGCCGUGUACAGAGGCUUUCAUUCCUAGUCCCUCUAUUCCUCAUUCUUGUCGGCUUCUCAACAGCAUUGGUGUGCAUUCUGUACGACCCAGAAGGAAGAGGACUGGAAUCACCGUCAUCGUCGUCUUCGCAGAGGUCAUUACAGGCUCUUGUACGUCGAUUUACAGACCCGACACAAAAGCAGAAGGGCUUCUCGUUUCGAGCGCUUUCCCCAGCGCGGCUCGGCCUUCAAUGCAUAUAUUACCUCUUCCUCAACCCAGCAAUCACAUUCGUAGUGCAGAUUCUACUCGCCAUACUGUCCGCUAUCUUGGUGCUUACGCAAAAAUUUGCAAAGCCUGAGGAUCCGACAGAAUUCUGUGGACUGCAAGAUGACGAAGAGAAUGUCUGGGGGUUUGGCCAGACCUUGAGCGUUGUCAUGCUUCUGCUACCGGCUAUCACAGCUUUGCAAACGUAUCUCGAGGCACGACAGGAUAUCAAGAAGGGCUUUACUAGAACGCACGAUUGA